UGGAUUCUUCUAUCUCUGACUCAGACAUUGAUAUCGUGCCGAAGCAGAAGGAUCUGUCGAUAGAAGAAGUUGAAUUUUACGUAGCAUUUAAACUCAUUCUACAUAAUUUAAAUCACGUAUACGAUUUUUUCAUCAGAAUUAUAUAGGAUACGAACAUCAUGAAAAAACAAACAAUACAUGUCAUAUUUUGUACUUUAAUUCAUCUAAUAUUAUUCGCAAUCGGGCCAUUGGAAAUCAAUUGCGAAAAAGUUUUGGAUUAUGGAAAGUCUUACAAUAGUAUGUACAAUGAAGAUACAAGCCAGGAAGAAGCAUUCGCAUUGCAUAGAAAUACAGAAGACUCCGAUCUGGAGAAAUGUAUCAUGAAAGGAGAUUACGAGAGAUUCAAAGUUUCGUUUAAUUUUUCAUAUACGAUUAUAAAAGCAUUAGGAAAAGAAUUCAUUAGUUCUCCGUUCAUUGUAUGUUUGAACUUUGAAGGAAAUCAAAUAGAAUCAGUCGAAUCUGGUGCAUUCGAUAACGUACCUGCUUUGGAAUAUCUAAAUAUGGAAAGAAAUUCCAUUUCUUCUUUCUUUUCCUUUAACGGUCAUAAAAAUUUAAAAACAUUGAUACUUGCACGUCAGUCGGAAUCGAGUUAUUAUGAAACACAAUUGGAAAUUAUUGGAGAAUAUCCUGCACUUCUUCAUUUAGAUUUAAGCGUUAAUAAAAUAUCAUCCUUUGUUUUUCCAAAUAGUAAAUGGAACUCGCAUUAUCAAAUUAGUCGAAAUUCUGCAUUUCCUAAAUUACAACAUUUAGAUUUAUCUUAUAAUAAUCUUAAGGAAUUUACCUAUGAUGAGUCUUUCUUAUUCAAUCCAAACAUAACAUAUCUUAAUUUAAGUAAUAAUUAUUUUGUCAAUGUCGAUUUGCGUCUUUUUAAAAAUUUAAUUGAAUUAAGAUUAGAUAAUAAUAACUUAGAGGCUAUCAACGAAUAUGGUUCUAGCAGAUCUUUAUAUAUAAGUGAAAUGCCAAAAUUGAAAUAUUUUUCUAUAUCCAAUAAUAGAUUAACGAGUUUAAGUCAGUUCGUAUUUAUAAAUAUACCUAAAUUAGUUACAUUGAAUCUUUCGAAUACCGAAUUAGAAGAUAUUCCAUUAAACGUUUUCCAUAACUUUAAAUCAUUAGAAAAUUUAUAUUUAAAUAAUAACAAAUUAUUUACAAUUUAUAGUGUAAUUUACAUAUCAAGCUUAUCCAUUUUAUCGGUAGCUCAUAAUCAGAUCCAGGAAAUAGGUCCUGAAAUACUCAACACACAUGCUUUAAAAAAAUUGUAUUUAAAUCAUAAUAUAAUUGAAAAUAUUCAUGAAAAUACAUUUUCUAAAUUGGAAUUAUUAGAGGAAUUAUACUUAAACAAUAAUAAUUUAGCUAAAUUACCGACUGGAUGGGAUAACAAUUUAAGAAAUCUACGUUAUCUCAAUUUGUCCGAUAACAAAUUUAUGUUUUUGGAAUCUUUGUCGCUAAGCAAAUCUUUACCAGUAAUAGAAAUAGACUUAAUAAACAAUAACUUAAUUCAUAUGAAAGUUGAACUAUUGCGAAAUUUACCUGAAAAUGCGACCAUAUAUUUAAACUCACAAUUAGAGGACCGUGAAUUAUCUAAUAAUAGUUAAUAGAUUGCUAAAUAUUAAUAAAAAAUAAAUAUUAACUAAUUUUAUUUCUCUGAAUUCAUGUAUAUCUAUUUACGUAUUUUGAGUAUACGAUACAUUCUAAUAAUAUAUUCUAAUAAUAUAAAUAUAAUAAAAAUAAACAUAGUCUAAUUGUAUUA